CGACACCACAGUUUUUUGACGAGCCUUCAAGCGAAGACGAUCUCAAGUGUACAGCGCGAGUGUAGUGUGUGUCUUAUUAACGGUGUUGGAAUAGAAAAGUUACUAAAGUCCUACCACUAUACAUAUUAUUAAAAAGAAAUACAAUUCUACGCUCCUUAAAAUCAUGAAGACAUCAUUAUUCUUGUUCGCUGCUGCUGCCGCUGUGAUCACACUCUCGUGCAUAGACAGCGUGAAGGCACAGCGUGGUAUACCGUUACCACAAGCGCGCGGCUAUGAAGCCAAUGCUGUGAUAUUGAAGCAGGGUUUCGAUCUCAAUCCGGAUGGCUCGUACACAUACAACUACGAAACAAGCAAUGGCAUACGCGCUGAUGAAGCCGGCUACUUGAAGAAUCCGGGUACACAAGUCGAAGCGCAGGUCAUGCAAGGCUCUUACUCCUACACUGGACCCGAUGGUGUCUUAUAUACGAUCACCUAUAUUGCCGAUGAGAAUGGCUACCGUGCUGAGGGUGCACAUAUACCAACACCACCACCACCACGUGCCAGUACUGGUAGAUUCUUCAAAUAAGUUCUUGAAAACAAAAAAAAAAA